CAGCAUCGUCGAUGGAUUUGGCGCGUAUAUGAAAGAUGUGCCCGGUGGCUACCUGGCAGCUUAACGCUCCUGCGAAUGUCGUCAACAUGGCUAAUGGCGAUGAAGAUGAGAAGUGUGCCGUGCUGGGUAGUGACUGACGCUGGAGGCAUAUGGAUGACGCACACCAACAUCGACCGGCAUCCAAGUAAAUGGUAAAAAACACAUACAUACACUUGAUAAUACACAUUGAUUUUAAAUGUGAUAAAAUACCUUCAACAUGCUGUAGAAGCAGAGGGCUCUAUAGGUAAGAUCAUCCUCUCAUUUUUUAACGGAGUCCUCCCAGAUCCAGAUAUGAUUUCCAACUUUCAUUGAGUAUAUAAUAAAUUAAAAAUAUAUCAACUUUAAUCAUUUGGGUUUACUCCAUGAUGUGAUAUGUCUGUAUGAUCCGUAUGUAAAUGGCAUUUGUUUUCCUCCAUGAUGUGAUAUGUCUGUGGUGUGGGCAGUCAAUGUCUGACGACUAGACGACGUCUCAGAUACGACUUACGACUCUGAUUUUGCUGUUGUGGUGUUGCUUUAAACGCUACCUUACAAACAUUUUCAAGGUGAAACUAUUCCUGGCCAUCAGUUCUUUACGUUUCCCUCGCUUAACUCAAUCCCAUCGUCCAUGGAUGGCACGAUGCGGGUGUACAAUGCAACGCUCUGGAUUCGGCUGGAGCUAAAGCUGAAGCCGAAAAGUAAGGCAAGUAAAGGGGCUGGUGGGAUGUCCGGGACGGACAAUCACUGGAGCAUCCACAGCGGCAACAAGGUGCUGGUGCUGUGGGUGUUUCGCAUCAUCAACGGAUCGAAGCCGGCGGAAACGAUGAGCAAGGAAGAGGAAUUCUCCAAGCACACGGAGAUGAUCGCCAAGCAUACGAUCCCGCACGAAUCCGGGCUCGGCUGGCAGCAGAUCGAUCUGACCAACGCCGUACGUCAGUGGCACGGCGAGAAGCGCAACGAUAGCCUCAAACUGUUCGUCGACUGUUCGGGCUGCGGGAACAAAAUUCGCGUGCACAUUUUCGAACACGCCGCCAACCAUCACCAUCUGCAUCAUUUCUCACGUAUCGGUCUGUACAGUAGCAGAAAGCAGAAGCCACUGGUAAUGAUGGACGGUGCGCCACGUUCGAUGGUGAAGGCAAAGCACCCGAAAAGCCAGGAGCGCAAGGUUGCGUACGGCGAGGGUACGGACGAUGACUACAACCGGCCACAUCUGUUCGUCAGCUUGGCCACGACACAGGUACGGCGGCUGCGGCGCCGUGCACUGGACUGUACCGGCGCACCGAACGAGCAGUGCUGCAAGCAAAAGUUUUACGUCGACUUUAAGGCACUGAAGUGGGACGAUUGGAUUAUCCGACCGCACGGGUACUAUGCGAACUACUGCAAGGGUAGCUGCCAUCUGGCGGACAAGUUUAGCUCCGAGUAUCAUUACGUGAUUGAUCAGUACCGGCGGCAGGGUAAUGCGGGUGGGCGAGGUUUGGGAAAGAUGCACCACAAAUCGGGUGGGGGUGGUGCGGGUGGAGCAGGUGGUGGGGCUGGGUUGGCCGGGAUACAUCAGUGCUGUGCGCCGGUCAAGUAUUCGCCGAUGUCACUUAUAUUUUACGGCCCGGAUGGACGCAUUAUCAAGCAGGAUUUGGCUAAAAUGAUCGUGGAGGAGUGUGGCUGUCCGUAACCCUUUUUGCUAGAUUGCACCCUAAUCAGAUUUCUUGGAAGAGGGAAGAUGGGGAUGAGGUUAAAGCGUGAAUUUACAAUAAGCGAUACUUAAUAAAUUUUGCCAAACUUUGCACAGCCUUUGCUGAACUGAAUUAGUCUAA